UCAGACGAAACGAGGAGAAUUAUCAUACGGCUUUGAAUACGGAUGCUUUUCCUUCCUCUUUAUGGCGAUUCUCGUGGUCAGAGAAAACCACAGUAAACGAAGCCUGACGCACUGCCGUUGCCGCCUUCUUGUGAAAUGAUUUGUUUUCCAACUUGUUAGGUAAACACGAGUGUGCUUUCACUUAACAAGGUUCUACUGUCCAUUUUAUAUGAUUCUGCGUACAACUGUCGUCGUGCAGUACGACUGUAUACUAAGAGCAAGAAGUUGCAAUGCAAGUAACGCUUAUAAUACCUAGCAAUUUUGCUGCAGAGUACCACUGACAUCGUAAAUACACCAAGAUGUGAUGUAACUACGGCUGUGCUUGCCGGCCGGAUAUUGGGUGUUGGCAGCGGCCUUGCGCGGUUUGUAUGUUGGCAGUCGUAGCGCUGCCGUAGCCGGUGUGUACAUUAUGCUGCUGCGAAUGUUUUACGUAUAACAUCGUGGGAACUUUGAAUGAGAGGUUGAAGAGGGGCUUGUUUUCUCAGCAGGAAGCAAUUUUAUGUACCAGAAACUUGUAAUAAGCAUAGAUACGUCAGUAAAAUUUGUAUUUACUUGUUUGUGUAAUUGAAACUUGAAAAAGUACGAAAAGCUGUAACACCAUCACGAUGACUGUACUUUAUGGCAAACAAACAGCAGUGAGAAAGAAGCCGGGUAAUGAGCGGUAAGUGCUCUCACACCAUGAGAAGCUGACCUCAAGUGGCAAACAGUUUGUCGCUACUUCAAAAAUCAUAGGAAGGUCCAGACAGUUCCAAAUAAUUUCUAUAAUGGAUACAACAUACAGAACAUUAACCGCAUUUAAAGACAUUUUGGAGGAACGGAGGAAGGGAAGUGAUUUUAUGUUCAUGUCAAAAAAAUUUAAUCCCUUAGUAGCCUAUCAACACAAAUGCAAAACAAGCCCGCAGAAGAUUAAGGAUGAUGUCCUACGUACAGCUCAAGUACAGCGAGUCAUAGAUGAAGUUGCAAAUGAACAGAAUACAACCAAAGAGGAAUUGUAUAAGACUGUCAACAACAUCCUAAAUGAAAUUGGCUAUGAGAAGAGUAUGCCUGUCAUUCGUUGGCUUGGUGUGCUGCUGCUGAGAAUUCUAAAACAGAGUUAUUCUGCAUUGCUCGUGAAUGAAAGCAGUAUAGAGAAAGUGAAGUCUGUGAUGGGAAAUAAUCCAGUUAUUUUUGCUCCCAGUCAUCGCAGCUAUGCUGAUUUUAUUUUGAUGUCAUAUCUGUGCUUUCACUAUGACAUAGAUAUCCCAGUAAUAGCAGCAGGAAUGGACUUCCACUCAAUGUGGCUUAUGGGUCGUUUACUUCGAGAAAGUUGUGCGUUUUUCAUGCGGCGUUCAUUUGGAAAGGAUAAACUUUACUGGACUGUCUUCAGUGAGUAUGUUCAGAAAUUAGUUACUGAUGGUGAUGCAGCGAUAGAAUUCUUCAUAGAAGGGACUAGAAGUAGAACUGCAAAGUCACUGCCACCAAAAUUUGGUUUCCUGACAAUGGCACUAGCACCAUACUUUGACGGGCGUGUUCCUGACAUCAGUAUUGUUCCUGUUAACAUAAGCUAUGAUAGAACUUUAGAGGAGUCACUGUUUGCAUACGAACUGCUUGGAAUUCCCAAACCAAAGGAGUCUACAUCGGGUUUUGUGAAGGCACUAAAGCUGGUGAAUGAGCACUAUGGAAACAUUUAUGUCGAAUUUGGAGAACCAAUAUCUGUGAAAUCCUUCUGCCAAGAAAAUGGGCACUCUGAUCCUCGCCUCUGGCGUCAGGCUGUACCGAGAGAGGUGCCAGCUGCCGUGGAUUUGGAAGCAGCAACUGUUCAGGAGUUGGCCUAUAAAGUUGUACAUGCUCAAAUGGCUUCGACUGUGUUGACACCCUUUAACGUACUGGCUAUAGCUCUGAGUGGCAGCCUCAUGUGGAAGGCAGAUGCUGCACCUUCUCUGACCCACAUUGCGAGGGAGGUUACAUGGCUGUGCUCUGUGCUUGAAACACUAGGUGCUCUGGUAGACUGCAAAGGUCCAGCAAGUACAGAGGAGGUCCUUAGAGAGUCGCUUUCAGUUCAUAAAUCCCUGAUAACAUUAACCCCAUAUGAUGAUCUGGUUUUAACAGAUAUAAGAAUUUCUCCUCGUGAAAUUAAUACUGCUAAUUUGAAAGCACAUUCACUAUCAUACAAAACUAUGGGAAUAGCAGUGCCAUUGAUAAUGCUUCAGCAUUAUGUCAAUCCUGUGAUGCACUACAUUAUUGGUCCAGCUGUGGUUACAGUUGCUAUGCAAGCUAUGCCUGAAGCAGAGAUACACAAAGAUAAACUAUUUAGGAAGUACCACUUCAUACGGUUACUUCUGUCACAUGACUUUGUCUUUAAUGGUGCAUGGGAAGUAAAGGAAUUUGAAGAAGCAUUGAAACAACUAGAUCUUCUGAAUAUUAUUGAGACAUCAGCAUUAGGAAACUUGGCACUGGGUAAUCAUCGUAAACUGAGAGAGAUCUUCUGCAAUUUACUGCAACCUUUCCUUGAAGGGUAUUUUGUAUUUUUUCAUGUUGUGCGAAAGCAUGCUGCAGUUCCCUGCACAGAGAAAGUGCUGUUACAACAAGCUCAGAAGGAACUGGAGGAACUUCUACUCAGAGGAGAAAUUAGCCAUCCUUAUUCUCUCUCAUUAGAUAUGCUGGCUUCAGCACUGAAAUCACUGGUAUUACUUCAGGCAGUGACAAAACUAAAGAGCAGCGAAGAAAUAAAGUAUCAGAAGAAUGAAAGUACAUUGUCAAGUAUUAUACAUGAGUUAGGUCAACUUGUCUCACCAAACCCAGUGAAAAAUCGUAUGAGUGUUUUUAGUACCGAGUUGCUACGAGCAAAAUUGUAACAUGUAUACAGCAUAUCGAACACCAAAUGGAAUCUGUGGCAUAUUAAGGUUCCGAAUGUAGAAGGCUUUCUGGGUCUACUGAAUGUGAAACAUUAUUGUUGCAAUAGGAAUUGAAGGUUGAAUAUUUUUCUUGCCUUGAAAUAUAGUCCUGAGAAUUUUAAAGAAGGGAGUAAGGAUAUUGUACUCAGAUAAUAAUCAAGAUAGUGUUAGUCCUCCAUUUUUUGUUCUUUACCUAAUGUGAAGACUUAGGUAAUACAUUUGCUUUAUAAAAUGUGUGCUUGAAUUUUAGAACAUUAUUUCUUUGUGAUAUGUAGUAUAUGUUGAAUGUAUUGGUUUGAAUGUAUUGGAAUAGCUGCCUUGUGAUACAUGAAAAGAAACUUGUUUUGAUGUAGGGAACAACUUUUUUGCUGAUUCAUCUUAAUAUUGUCUGAAUAAUUUGAGGAUACAAAACGUAGUUACCUGAGUGUCAUUGUAUAAUUCAUAACAUUAUGUUUCCUUGUAUAUAAUUUGUCAAUAGUGUAAAAGACAUUUUGUAGCAUAUUUUUUGUGAAUACAGCUUUAUGAGACUAGCUUUAAUUAAGUUGUAUACCUAGUGUGUUUGAAUAGUUCAUUUAAUUAGCUAAUGUGUGCCUGUGCAUCUGUGUAACUUUAGGUUAAUAGAAUUGCUGUUCAAUUUCUUUUGAAUGUGUCACAGCUUGAGUUGUUUAAACAUUACAAAAUUCAUAGAAGUGUUUUGACAGUAUUUAUUAGUUGUAAAAUUGUGUCCAUAAACCGUAUUUUGUAACGAGUUACUUUCAUAUAUGUGUAAUGGUUGUGUUUACUACCUCCAGUGUGCUGCUUUGCCCUUUAGUCAACAGCUGAAUGUGCUAUAAUGUAUGAAGCUAUUGUUUAUUUAAAUAAUGAGAAAAAAAGCUUCUGGAUUUAAA